UUUGUUUAUGUUCAGUCGUCAUAUUUCAUUGAUCCAAAACAACCCGAAAAUAGUGCAAUUUGUCAAUUUUCAAGUUUUUAGUGAUCAUUUAACAAUUCCAUUGGAUCCACCAUGUCCUUCCACUGGUGUGAUAAUCUGCAUACAGCAGUUUUUAGUCCUCGGGACUAUCAAAUAGAACUACUGGCUGCAGCAUUCGAACGCAACACAAUGAUUUGUUUGGGCCACAAAUCUGCCAAAGAAUUUAUUGCGUUAAAACUUUUGCAAGAGUUGAGACGAGAACAACGCCGCUCUUCGCUCAAUAACAAAAUAAGUGUUUAUCUCAGCUCCAAUAAUGCACCGGCAAUGUUUACCAUGCUACAGCACCUAACCGACUUGAAGGUGUUUCAGGAAACCACAACGAAUGUUAUUGAAGAGUUGACACAAGGAUUCAAUGUUUACAUUUUACACCCGAAAACAUGUCUGCGAUUGUUGAGGAAAGACAACCUCAAGCUCAACGAAAUAUUUCUUAUGAUUUUGGAAGAUUGCCAUCAGGAUAGUGUCCAUAAGGAAAUACGCCAUAUAUUUCUAGAGUUUUACAAAACCAAUUGUUUGUCCAAAAUGCCAAAAGUAUUGGGUUUAGCAGGUCCCCUGCAUAGUGCUGGCUGCCAGUUAGCAGAACUGUCGGCUAUGCUCAAUAGCCUGGAGAAGACGGUACAAUGCAGAACGGAAACAGCAAGUGAUAUUGUGACGGUGUUAAGGUACUGUGCAAAACCUUUUGAAUAUAUAGUGCAAUGUGCCCCUUACAAUCAAGAUGAUCUAUGCUAUGUGCUGCAGGAUGUGUUGCUGACACGUAAAGCUUUUCUCAAUGACCAUCGCUAUGAUCCAUUUGAAAUAUAUUGUACCGAUGAAUUUUUUGAAGAACUCAAAGACAUUCCAGAUCCUAAAAAAGAGCCUCUUGAGUUUCUCGACACCAUGCUGCAGGUCUUAAGAGAAAUGGGUCCCUGGUCCGCAGAUCGUGUUGCGUUUAAUAUGUACCAAAGAAUAGAGAAGCAAAAGAUUAAAACACCACAUGAGCGGCAUUAUAUACUCUUAUGUUUGGUUAAUACGGCUUUGUUAGAAGUACAUUCCAUAUGUGAGCAAAAUUUUCGCAAAUUUAAGAAUAAUCAUAAAGACUGUGUUGAGUCCCAUUCGAGUCCAAAGGUAUUACGACUAUUGGAGGUAUUGCGUCUCUUCAAACCUGAAGACAAUUCCAGCAAAAAUGACACCAUAAAAAGAAUAAGUAUAGAACUGGAUCAAAUGGACUUUCAAAAACUAUCGCGGAUACUUGAGACUAAAUGUCAUAGCGUUGAACAAGCUGUGGAGAAGCAACAAUUGGAAAGUCGUUCAAUAGUGGAGAAUUUGGAUUCCAUAGUGAAGCCGGAAUUCCAAGCCAAGUUAAGUGCAGAUUUGAGUGAAAAUGAAAAUAAAACCCAAAUGUCUUCCAAAAAAGUUGAUGAAGCGUCCCAAAUCAAUAGCUCUGCAGCAGGUACUACUCAUCGUCAUUCAAAUCAUAAUCGUCAAAAACGUAGACCUUUUCGUCGUCAUAAUCGUGAUCACAACGAUGGUGUGGACACAUUGUGUUCCAUCAUAUUUUGUAAUUCCAGUUUUACAGCUCGAGUGCUUUUUGAGCUUUUGGCAGAAAUGAGCAGACAUGAUGCUGAUUUGAAAUUUAUAAAAUGUCAAUUCACUACUGAUCGAGUGGCUGACCCCAUAACUGAGCCCAAAGAGGCGGAGACAGAGCAUAGACGUCAAGAAGAGGUGCUCAAACGAUUUCGCAUGCAUGAUUGUAAUGUGCUAAUUGGUACUUCAGUUCUGGAGGAGGGUAUUGAUGUGCCCAAAUGUAAUUUGGUGGUACGUUGGGAUCCUCCCACCACCUAUCGUAGUUAUGUACAGUGCAAGGGAAGAGCGAGGGCUGUACCAGCCUACCAUGUGGUAUUGGUGGCCGCAGAUGAAGAUCUUACUAACCAUAAUCUACAAGCCAUUAACGAACAAUUGACAGACAAAAGUCAUCGAUUGCUAUGUGGUCUGCCACAAGAUCAAGAGAGUCUGCUAACCGAUACGGAACAAUCAAAUGAUGAGGAUAAUGAUGACGACAGAAAAAUCAAUGGGGUUUCCACUAAGCAAAAAUUUGUGUACGGCUCAAGUAAGGGAACCAUAAAAAUUUUAAAUCCCGAAGUGAUAACCAAUAAACAUCCUUCCAAACCCUCCGCUGGCAGCAAUAUUGUUCUAAAGGAGAUUAAAGAAAUUGCACCAGCUAUACAAAACGUUGGUAAUGGGGAAAUAUCUCUAAAGCCUGUGGAAGAGCUAGAAACCAUGAAGUCGGCCGGCAGUACAACUGAAAACCACUUUGAGCGGGAACCACAACCCAACAAAGCCACUAAUAAUGCAAUUAAUGAACCGGAAUUAGAUUCCAAUAACACUUCCACCGAAUCUGUGAUAGAAUCGAACGCACACUAUGAAGUGUAUAAUUUAGAUAUGCUGCUUGAAGAGAAAAAUCCAACAAAUAUAGAAAAUAUAACUAAAAUUGUGUCCGAAGUAACAAAAGAAAUGCCCAGCAUGAGGGAUUCUAAUGUAGAAGAGAGCAGCCAGGUUUUGAAUGCCAACAAACAGCAAGAAAAUACCAUAGAAGAGGUAUCUAAAGUUAUAAAGGACUUUGAAGUUUUUGAUUUGAAUGAACUCUUAAAAGACGACAAGAUUAGCGAAAAGCAAGAACCUAUUGUCGCUGGUGGGCAACCCCAACAAGAUGAAAAAAUGAACAACUCUCCAAAAAAGAUCAAAGAACAAAAAUAUUUCCAAUGUUUACUGCAUGACCAAGAAACGGAGAUACAAGACUCUGGAUAUUUAAAUAGCUUAGAUGAAAUGUAUAGAUUAGAAAAUGUAAAAGCCACUACGAAUGCUAUUGUCAAACAAAUGGCCGAAUAUCGAGAAAUUGAAAAGAUGCUUUUACAAAACUGUGCCAAUACCGAACCUGCCGACAAUGAACACAAAGAAGCCGAUGUAUUUAAUAACUGCAUUAAACCCUACAAACCUUUGGCCAAGUUACUAACUGGAGCCUAUGUUGAUCUCAGCAAUUCCAUAGCCUUAGUGAAUAAGUAUUGUGCCAAACUACCAAGUGAUACAUUUACAAAACUUACUCCUUUGUGGCGAUGUGCGCAUACCGUACGCAAUGGCACCACCAUGUUUCAGUACACUUUAAGGCUGCCCAUUAAUUCUCCCCUGAAAUAUGAUAUUAUCGGCUUGCCCAUGCCAACGCAUGUGUUGGCACGACGAAUGACGGCCCUACAGGCUUGCAUAGCUUUGCAUAAAUCCGGUGAACUGGAUAACAAUCUUCAGCCAAUUGGUAAGGAGGGCUUUCGGCCAAUCGAAGAAGAUUGGGAAAAUUUUGAUCUCGAGGAGCAGGAUGAAAAAAUUGUACAAGAAAAUGCAGAACCCAGACCGGGUACGACCAAGCGACGGCAGUAUUAUUACAAACGGAUUGCUUCAGAGUUUUGCGAUUGCCGCCCAACGCCUGGUUUGGAAUGUUUUCUCUAUUUGUUGGAUCUCACCCUGCAGUGUCCCAUACCUGAAGAACAAAAUACAAGAGGACGUAAAAUAUAUCCACCUGAGGAUGCCUUUCAAGCUUUUGGUAUUUUAACUUUAAAGAAAAUACCUAAAGUUAGUUCGUUUCCCAUAUUCACUCGUUCCGGAGAGGUUAAAGUCUCAUUGGUGCUGCAUCCCAAACGGGUAGUGCUAACCGAAGCGAACAUAGCUUGCAUCAAUACAUUCAUCAAUUACACAUUCACCAAAGUCUUGAGACUGAAGAAAUUUUUGAUGCUCUUCGAUCCCGAAUCGACGGAGAAUUGUGUUUUCAUAGUGCCCACUGUGAAAACCGAAGAUAACAGUGGCAAAGUUAUAGACUGGAAAUUUUUAGAGUUGAUAGAGCAAAAUGCUAAUAUGAUGCCAACACCGGUGCCAGAGGAGACACGUCAUGCAACCAAGUUUUCAGCAGACAAAUUCAAGGAUGCUGUUGUUAUGCCCUGGUAUCGUAAUCAAGAUCAACCCCACUAUUUCUAUGUGGCCGAAAUAUGUCAUCAACUAUCGCCACUUAGUAUAUUUCCAAGUCGAAAGUAUAAAACAUUCAUGCAUUAUUACUAUUUAAAAUAUGGACUGAAGAUACAUCCCAAACAGCCGCUCUUAGAUGUGGAUCACACAAGUGCUCGUUUAAAUUUUCUGACACCACGCUAUGUGAACCGCAAGGGCGUUGCACUGCCUACCAGUUCGGAGGCCACAAAAAGGGCAAAGCGUGAAAAUCUAGAAUUGAAACAAAUACUGGUGCCAGAACUUUGUACUGUUCAUCCAUUUCCUGCCUCUUUGUGGCGCACUGCUGUAUGUUUACCCUGCAUUUUAUAUCGCAUCAAUGGUUUGUUGUUGGCAGACGAUAUACGUAAAAAGGUGGUCAGGGACAUGGGUCUUGGUAAACCAGAACUACCAGAAGACAAGGAAUGGCCUAUGCUGGAUUUUGGUUGGAGUCUCAGUGAUGUGUUAAAAAGGUCCAAAAUUCAAAAGAUUCCACCUCCUGGAGAGGAGAAAGUGAAAUGCGAGGCCUCGAAAAAAGACAAGGAAACGACUGCCGAUGAAAAAAAGACUACUAUAACAACUCAAAGCAAUGAUGAAGAAGUCCUUAAUCUUGGCGGUGCCAAAACUGUGAAUGAAAUUGUCGAAGAUGCUGAACGAAAGCUUCUUGAGGAAGGUGCUGGCUUUGUUGAAAUCGGUACCUGGUCAAAUGAUAUGGCGAUGAACCUUGAAUAUAAAUAUCGCAAUUCAGAUAGUGAGGAAGAUGAAUAUGAUGAACUAUUAGAUGGAAUUAUACCAGCCCAAGUAAAACUGUGUGGAAAAUCUGUAAGAGCAACCUCACCAACAUUCGUUGACAUUCAAUUAGAUGCGGAAGAUAAUGGCGAAAAUGCAUCGCCACAGUUUAAAUAUUACGAUUCCGAUGAAUCGUAUGCCGAGUCCAGUUUUGCUAGCGAUGCUGAAAUGAUGGAUGAUGAUUUUGGUGUGGACGAAGACAUAUGGAUGGAUGUUGAUGAUAUUGUAUUGACCUCUAAAAAUGAAGCCGAAACCAUAGAAACAGAAAAAGAUAUAGAAAAACUGAACAAACAAUUGUCCAUAAUACAAGAUACCAAAGCGAAUGAACGCAACUAUCAGGAAACCAAAAACUUGCAGGUGGGUUAUAAUUUUCCCGAGGUAAAAGCACAAAUCGCCGAAAAGCUAAGGGAUUCCAUCAAAGACUUUAGAAAAUCAACUAAACAAUUUAUAGAGGAUAUACAGAGUUCGGGUAUGCUGGUGGAGUACAAUCAGUCAAUUAAAUUGCCUGAGAAAAAAAUGGCAAAUGGCCCCUCAAAGGAGUCGCCCCAAAUGCCUGAACUAAGUUUGGAAAGAUAUAAAAGACUUAUACUCCAUAUCCAUGAGAAUGAAUUAAAAAUUAAAGAAAUUCUAAAGGAAGGCACAGCAAAACAUCUUUUGGAUGUGGAAACUCUACAAGCUUUAAAUAAAAUCUAUACCCAAGAACAUCCCAAUGAAGUGUUCAUUGUGGAAGGUUGUGGAGAUGUAUUCGAUAGUUUCAAUGACAUCAUCAAUAUGCAGGUUGGAGAAAAUGGUGAAAAAUGCAUUGCAUUAGACUUUGAUAGCCAAGGAAAGGAAUAUCACGUGGAAUUGUGCAAAUACGAAGCAAAGAUCUCGAAGCAAUAUCCUGCCCAUAACUUUAGUUUUGAUUAUCAACCAGACCUGUUGACGCAUCCCGGUCCCAGUCCCAGUAUAAUUUUAACUGCCCUCACAAUGUCCAAUGCCAACGAUGGCAUUAAUUUAGAAAGACUUGAAUGUAUUGGGGAUUCCUUCCUAAAAUAUGCCAUUACCACUUACCUCUAUAUAACCUAUGACAAUGUGCACGAGGGCAAACUUAGUCAUCUACGUUCGAAACAAGUGGCGAAUUUAAAUCUUUACCGUUUGGGAAGGCGAAAACAAUUGGGGGAAUAUAUGAUUGCAACAAAAUUUGAACCCAAUGAUAACUGGCUGCCACCCUGCUAUUAUGUGCCCAAAGAGUUGGAAAAGGCUUUGAUUGAAGCCAAAAUACCACCACACUAUUGGAGUUUGGUGAAUUUGGUGAAUAUAAAAAAACUAACAAAUGCCGAGAUAUGUGAGUUGGUGCGGCAAAAGGCCGAAGAGUGGGGUUGUAAUAUUGCGGAUACCGAUGACUCAGCUGAUAUAAAUGGUUCAAAAUUAGAUUAUGAAUGGGAUGAUCCGAAAAAUCUACCACAUGAAUUUUCCUGCUUCAUUCCCUACAAUUUGGUGUCUCAGCAUAGCAUCCCAGAUAAAUCUGUUGCCGAUUGUGUGGAAGCCUUGAUAGGAGCCUAUCUCAUUGAGUGUGGAUUGCGAGGAGCACUUUUGUUUAUGGCAUGGCUGGGUAUACGAGUUAUACCAUUUGAACGAGUGCCUUAUGAUCCCAAAAUGCCUCGAGUUCCAGGUAGCACUUUGCCCGAUGCCGAUAAUAUGAUAACAGUGUACGGUGCAUGGACUCCUCCCAAAUCACCGUUACUACACUACACUCCCAAUGCAAGAGAUGCACUUGAUGCUCUGCUGCAAGGCUAUGAAGAAUUUGAGAAUAUUUUGGGUUACACAUUUCGAGAUCGUUCGUAUUUGCUACAAGCAAUGACGCAUGCCUCAUAUACACCAAAUCGAUUGACCGAUUGUUAUCAGCGUUUGGAAUUCCUGGGCGAUGCGGUGUUGGACUAUCUAAUUACCAGGCAUUUGUAUGAGGAUCCCAGGCAACAUUCACCAGGAGCUCUGACAGAUUUACGUUCAGCUUUAGUUAAUAACACCAUAUUCGCUUCGUUGGCUGUAAGACAUGGCUUCCAUAAAUAUUUCCGACACUUAUCUCCCGGCCUAAAUGAGGUUAUAGAUCGAUUUGUGCGUAUACAAACCGAAAAUGGUCAUAGUAUAAGCGAAGAGUAUUAUUUACUAUCGGAAGAAGAAUGUGACGAUGCCGAAGAUGUGGAGGUACCCAAAGCCUUGGGUGACGUUUUCGAAUCUGUAGCUGGCGCUAUAUUUUUGGACUCCAAUAUGUCCUUAGAUGCUGUGUGGCAUGUAUAUUACAAUAUGAUGCGACCAGAAAUAGAACAGUUCAGCAAUUCAGUGCCAAAAUCACCCAUCAGAGAAUUGCUGGAACUUGAACCUGAAACUGCCAAAUUUGGCAAACCUGAAAAACUUGCUGAUGGCCGCCGUGUUCGUGUCACAGUCGAAGUGUUUUGCAAGGGUACAUAUCGUGGCAUAGGUAGAAACUAUCGCAUUGCCAAAUGUACUGCUGCCAAAUGUGCUCUACGUCAAUUAAAGAAAAAGGGGCUAAUUGAAAAACGUUAGAUGUCCCUUUCUUCUAUCUAAAUUUUAAAUUGUGCAUACAUUUAUUUUCUUGUGAGUGUAUUAUGUAGUUAGAUUGUGUACACAUAAACUUUGUCAUUUGUCUAGAUCUUUUUAAAUUGGUUUUGUCAAUAAAACUGCAGAUUUUUCAUAUUUAUA